UCUCAGCCUUUGCUUUUUGCUAGAGACGGAGAGAGAGAGAGGUUUAGAGAUACAGAGGAGAGAAAGAGAGUGAGAGCGCGCGGCAUCGUUCGGCACUGUCCGGAAAAAAAUGGUGGAUCAGUAUCUCGCCGGCACGCUUCUCGCCGGGGUUUUAGGGCUUGUGGCGGCUUACGCAUUGUUUUUUAGAAGAAACGGAGGAGGGAGUGAGAAGGACGGCGUCAAGACAACCACCAUUAUCGACGGCGAGUGCAGAUCGAGGGACGGCGGUCGCGACGAUGUCGACAUCAUCAUUGUCGGCGCCGGAGUUGCCGGCGCCGCCCUGGCCCACACUCUCGGAAAGGAUGGGCGUAGGGUUCAUGUGAUUGAGAGAGAUUUGAGCGAGCCAGACCGAAUUGUUGGAGAAUUGCUACAACCUGGUGGUUACCUCAAGUUGAUUGAGUUGGGUCUUGAAGACUGCGUGGAACACAUUGAUGCGCAGCGAGUAUUUGGGUAUGCUCUCUUCAAGGACGGGAAGAACACCCGCCUUUCUUAUCCUUUGGAGAAGUUUCAUUCAGAUGUGUCUGGAAGAAGCUUUCAUAAUGGGCGUUUUAUUCAAAGAAUGAGGGAGAAAGCUGCAUCUCUUCCCAAUGUCCAAUUGGAGGAAGGGACUGUUACAUCCUUGCUUGAAGAGAAGGGAACCAUUAAAGGGGUGCAGUAUAAGUCUAAAUCUGGCGAAGAGUUGAAAGCAUAUGCGCCGUUGACCAUUGUAUGUGACGGUUGUUAUUCAAAUUUGAGACGGUCACUUUGCAGCCCCAAGGUCGAUGUGCCUUCUUGUUUUGUUGGUUUGGUCCUGGAGAACUGCCGACUUCCACAUGCAAACCAUGGACAUGUUAUUCUGGGAGAUCCAUCGCCUAUCUUGUUUUAUCCCAUAAGCAGUACCGAGAUCCGGUGCCUGGUGGAUGUUCCCGGUCAAAAGGUACCGUCUAUUUUGAAUGGUGAAAUGGCCAAAUAUUUGAAGACCGUUGUUGCUCCCCAGGUCCCUCCGGAGCUGUAUGAUGCGUUUAUUGCUGCUGUUGAUAAGGGCAACAUUAGGACGAUGCAGAACAGAAGCAUGCCUGCCGCUCCUCAUCCCACCCCCGGGGCUUUGCUAAUGGGCGACGCCUUCAACAUGCGCCAUCCCUUAACUGGUGGAGGAAUGACGGUAGCGUUGUCGGAUAUAGUCGUCCUACGCAAUCUUCUCAGACCUUUGCAAGAUCUCAACGAUGCACCCACUCUCUGCAAAUAUUUGGAAUCUUUUUACACCUUGCGGAAGCCCGUGGCAUCGACCAUCAAUACAUUGGCAGGUGCACUUUACAAAGUGUUUUGCGCCUCGCCCGAUCAAGCAAGGAAAGAAAUGCGGCAGGCGUGCUUCGAUUACUUGAGCCUCGGAGGGGUUUUCUCGAACGGCCCCGUGUCUCUGCUCUCCGGGUUGAACCCUCGACCACUGAGCCUCGUCUGCCAUUUCUUUGCUGUUGCAAUCUAUGGCGUGGGGCGUUUGCUGCUGCCUUUCCCCUCGCUCAAACGGAUGUGGAUCGGAGCAAGAUUAAUCUCGAGUGCAUCGGCCAUCAUCCUCCCCAUCAUCAAGGCAGAAGGAGUUAGGCAGAUGUUCUUCCCGGCGACUGUUCCGGCAUAUUACAGAGCUCCUCCUGCGUCCUGCUAAAUCAAAGCGGCGGCCGGCCGCGGGGAUAUAUGCUUCCAUUCAACAAAUAUAUUAUUGUAUCUCUAAUUUGUCUCUUUCUCCACUUUUGUUCAUUAACUUCAAGUAAAUAUUGUGCACAACAUUUAUAGAUUCCUGUCUCAUGUACUCUCCAGCAUCAAUCUUUUACAGAUUACUAUGGCGAUGUAAUGUAAACUGUCAAUUACUUCCUAUGAUUAA